CUUCACGCCGCAUCGAUGCGUCUCCUACGGCUUCUGCUUGUGUGGCUUGGCGCUGUCCUCGCAGCAUGUCCUGCUCGGGUGCGCAAGCCGUGGGACGCACUGCCAGCCUCGGAGCAGGCUCUCUUUCUUCGCGCGUUGACGCUCUCGAUGGACCGCGGCUACUAUGCUCGGUUCGUUGCGCUGCACGCAGACGAAAUGACCAACCGCGAGGCCCACAACACGUGCGUCUUUCUCUUUUGGCACCGCAAGUUUCUCCUCGGGUUUGAGACCAUGCUCCGGUCGCUCGGCGACGACUUUGCUUGCGUGACGCUGCCGUAUUUCGACUAUGUCCAGCACAAUUUGGAUUACGUGAGCCGCAAGUGCACGAACAUUGCGUCCUGCGCCAAGAUUCUCAAUGCGUUUGGCGGCAGCGGACCCGCGGUCGCGUCGUCGCCGUCGUCGCCGAUCCUCGGGUAUCGCUUUCCGGGCGCCCAGUGCAUUUCGGCGUCGCCCGCGUCGCAUUUCUGCGCCCCGGCGUCGACAACGUGCAUGCGCUGCGUGCCGCGCGGUCCGUGGACGUCGACGUACUUUAGCCCCGACCUCAACUUUAACCGCGUCAAGCAGAGCGUCUUUGCAGGCAGCUCGAUGACGGCGGUGACAGCCGCGAUCGAAGCGUCGCCGCACGACUCGAUGCACGCAACGCUCGGUGGCGCGAUGGCCAACCUCUUUGUCUCGGCCGCCGACCCGAUCUUUUUUGCCCACCACGCGAUGAUUGACGUGCUUUUGAGCAUUUACCACGAGUGCCUCUCGCGUCAAAUCGGCGCGGCCGAAGCCAAGGUGGUGUCGGACCCCCGCGUCUUUGAAGGCUGCGUUGCCAACAACGUGCCGCUGACGGCCAACUCGCGCGUGCUGCGACUGGCGUCGACACCAGAGUUGCCGUUCUUUGACAACGUCCCCACCACGUACGGUGGUUGGGUCGACGCCACGCAGCUCGGCAACAGCAGCUACAGCUACGAGCUGCAUGGGCUUCUCGGUACGCUCUAUACGCAGUGCGAUGCCGCGGGCACGACGACCAACCCUGGCGCGCGGCGGUUGACCAAAAAACACACAGUGCGCCACUCGAACUCGGUCGAUACACAAGCGUUUCUGGCGUGGCGCGCCGCCAUUUACGCAGCAGGAACGGCGCAGGCACUGUCGACACGCGCGAUUGAAGACGAAGUGGAGAAGAUGAUGGUGAUGCUCUACGAGCACUGUCUUCCGGGCGCGGUGCUCGACUACCCGACGGCGUUCAAGUCGAUGUGGCGCAUUAGUCGGCCGGCGACAUCGAAAGCGCUCCUGGAUGGCAUCACGUCGGGAGCCAACCCAAUUCGCAUUGACGCAUGGACCGAGAUCAACCAACGGUACUACAACUGCUCGGGCGCGCCAUCAGCGUAG